UGACACAGUGAGUGGGCGUGGUGUGGGCGGAGCGGCGUGGUGUGGGCGGAGCGGCGUGACGUGGGCCGUAGUGUUGUGUGUCCUGCCGCUGCCGGCCAGGGUGCACUCACUGCCUCACACACCGGCGGCAGAGAGCCCCUGACACCCGGCCGACCUGCUGCGCUAUCGUCCGAUCUCCUUUGCCCGAUAUCUUCGGGGCGCGAUCUGCCGUCACCGCCUCGCCAAGUACCUGCACCGGGGAUGGAAGCGGAGAAGAUGGACGAGAAUGAAUGGAGCUACCACGGGGAGGGGAACAAAAGCCUGGUGGUGUCUCACUCGCAGAGAUGCGUGGUCCUACGAUUCCUGAAGUUUCUUCCAAACAGAAGUCUGACAGCAGAAGAAGUCUAUCAGCACUUGCACAACAUUCUCUACUUCGGAAAACACAUCAUGAAGCAGUUUUUAGGGGAAAACUAUGUUCACCAUGGGGAUGUGGUUAAGUUACCUUUGGAUUUUCUGAAACGUCUCUGUGUGAAGGUCCAGUCUGAAAGGCCAGAAUCUCGGUGUGAGAAAGAGAUGGACGUCAGUGGCUAUGCCAUGUGCCUGCCUGACCUCACACGCUUGCAGACCUUCCCAUUCAUAGAGCACAGGCCAAUCUUCUGCAUAGAGAUUAAGCCUAAAUGUGGUUUUAUCCCAUGUUCUGCGCAUGUCACGAAGGAGAUUAAGAAGAAGGUGUGCCGGUUCUGUAUGCACCAACAUCUAAAGGUCACCAAAGGAAAGUGGAAGCGGAUUAGCAAAUACUGCCCAUUGGAUCUCUUCUCGGGACAUAAACAGAGGAUGCAUUUUGCCUUGAUGAAUUUACUUCAGGAGUCGCAAAACAACUUAAAAAUAUUUAAGAACGGAGAACUAGUGUAUGGCUGUCGGGAUGACCAGGAAUAUUUCUCAGACCUGAAUGAGCUUGCUCACCACCUGAAGCCAUUUUUCUACCCUGCGAAUGGAUUGGUUGCUGGACCUCAAUGUACGAAAAACAUCUUGAAAGAACUCAUUCAUGUGCUGACAACCACGUUGCUGAGUACAAGUGUGGACACUGGGAGAGCUGGGAACAUGAAGUCUAUCCCAGUAUCGCAGGGACGUAAUUACUGUGAGGCUAGUCGCUUCUGCACAGAGUUCCUGAGAAAUGGUAAACACAAAGUGGAAACCAUGGGAUUGCCUAAAGGAUGUAUAUUAUAUAAGACCCUCCAGGCCCAAAUGCUGGAUAUGUUGGACAUUGAAGGAUUGUACCCUUUGUAUAAGAGGGUGCAGAAAUACUUGGAGGAAUGCCCUGGGGAGAGAAGCAAUCUACUCCUGGAUGGACCUUACGAUGAAACCUUCUUCGAGAAGCUGAAGGACCUGUCUCUGGAAGAUGAUGGCAGCGUGGAGUAUGCGGUGACAAAGAUUCAGCAGUACAGAGUGGCCAUGACUGCUAAGGACUGCUCCAUUAUGAUUGCUCUCUCCCCCGUAGUUGAAGAAGAAUGCUUUGAAUCAAGACCUGUGAUUAAGGCCUCUCGGUCCAGCUUCAUGUAUUCUGUUUCCAUCCUGGACUUAGAUUUGAAGCCUUACGAGAACAUACCACACCAGUACAAACGUGACAGUAAGAUCGUUAACCAUUACCUAAAAAGUACCCAGACUCGAGAUGAGGUGGCCACAUCCCUCAUCUUUCCGGAAAGUGAAGACUGCACUCUGCUUCUCCACAAAGUAUAGCACACAGAGCAUCUGAUACUUGCUGUGAAUGUUCCCCAUCGUAUCACCGUGUCUUGCUGGGGCAGCAUGCAGGGCGCAGGUACCCAAACCUUUCUGGGAGAUUGCAGAGGCCACAAUUUUGACAUAUGAAUGUUUUUGAAACCAUGGCUUGUCCUAAAGGAGCUGGAAGGACUCGUUAUUGCAUGGUUGAAACUUUUACUAGAGCCUCUGCAUUCCUCAUUUGAUACGCGAAGACUAGCUACAACAUAUGUGUUUUUUUUGUUUGUUUUUUAAUUUGUAAGAUGGACGGACAUUUGUAAAACGAAAAGGACGACGCGCUGCCAUUAAUUAGACAAACCUGGCCCCUUUUGCAUUCAUGUUGCUGCUUUCAUCUGAUGUGCCUAAGGGAGGUCCAGGCAUGUCUUACUGAGCCUUAUGCAAAGGUCUGUGCUUGAUCAGGGUAAGGACAUAUCUCUACACAGGCUGUGGUUUUAUACAGUGUGCAAUGAAAAAGGAUUACUAUAUUCUCCGUUCCAGUGAAGGGUGGGUGUCUUUCUAUAGAUAUUCACAUGGAAACCCCUCUUGUUGUUGUCUCUGAACCUUGCCUUAUUUGUGGAUUACCUUUCUAUCCCAUUGUUCCAAUUGUCAAAAUGUGUUUUUCAAAACUGUCCUAAUUAAUGUUUCUUAUGUAAACACUUUUUAUUUGUCCGUUUUAACCUGUUGGAAAGUCUCUCUAAGGUAUAUAGCCACAGGUACAUUUUUUUUUACUAUAUAUUCUGAGUUUAUGAAAUUCCCAAACAUUAAAGAGCAUGUGACAAUGUGACACUGCUACGGCACACGUGUGUGAUGUUCGGGGUGGCAGUGAACCUCAGUGUGUUCUCUCGGUAUUUGCUGACUGUUCUGCCCUAUGAAGUGUAAACAUGACUCACUCAGACUAUUUGAUUUGUGAAUAUUUAGUGAUCAAGCAUAAAACGUUCCCACACAAGGUGCAGAUCAGUGCUCUAUCCUGCAAGUUUCUACGACAUAGAGGGUGUCCACCCAGAAUUAGGUGCUAAUCCUAUUUCAAAACUUGAAUUUUAGCUUAAUAAAUUAAAAAUAAUUAGCUGAGAGCUUACCAUGAAACAUUGGCAUAAUAUACAGUACUUCUACAACUAGUUAUGUUAUUUAUUUUAUAAUCAUUUUAUUUACGCUUUAUAGGACUAAACUGUGCUCUUACUGGGAUCCGUGGGCUGUAAUAUUCAGUUACAUAGGUACAGAAAAUGGUACUAGUGGAAAUUACUGUACUGCAGAUACUGUAGAGGCUAACGUGGCUCAGAAGAGGACAGUAGACUCUAGCGUGAUGACUAACAGGUCACGUCCAGGAAAUCUGCACACAUUUUACUGCCGGCAAGAUAUUUUAGGUUCACGUUAAAUAUACUUUAAUUUGCUACUUCUACAUGUGUAAUAUAGGAAUAAGCUGUAGAUGUAAGAUGUAAGCUGUAUUCCUCAUGUCUGAAAUGUGUGAGUUAUGUCCACUGCUGUGAUUUUGUGCCAACGUACUACCUUCUGGCACCUCUGCAUUCCCCAGAAGAAGCUUGAAGAACCUUUUCAUACAUGUAAGGUGCAGUACAGUGCUGGAGCUUCUGUCGCCAGUGAGGACAGUAGAUGCUCCCCUGUGAGUACAUUUAGAAUAAUGCAUUAUACACGCAGGCGAGGUGCUAGAAUACUAUGUAUCUAUUACAUCUCUUACUAGACACCAUAUGCAGGCGCUACAGUCAUUAAAUUACUUGUCUUACCCUC